AGCGGUGGUCACACUGGAUCCGCAUAGUUUUUUUUUCGGGUCCAAAAUCUGUCCAAAUCCGCAAAUUGCAUGCAUAUUCUAGUGUCUGAAGAUCAGAAAAUUAGAUAGACAGACUGAGAGUCGUUUGCAAAACGGCAAAAAGUUGGCCAUUCUCCGAGGAGCAACGUCCUUAAAACGAGAGCGUGCUGCCCACUUUUGGAUGCCUGAAAAGUAUUAUGGAAAGAGGAUGCCCAGCUGCUAGCAGUGAAUUUGUGGCCAGUGCAGGGGAGCGAACGCAGUCAGCAGUCACCAGCAGCUCCACCUCCACGUGGGCCAAGAGUCAGGCCUCGACCAGCCGGAAAGCAGGAGCUUCUGAAGCAGUCCAGGGAUUAGGAGCAGGAGAAGCAGUAGAAGGAGAAGCCUUUGUAUCUAUGUCAACGCUGCGGGACGAUGUGGAGGACGUGUGUGUGUCGUCAAACUCACAACAUGGUUUCGCCGUAGUCCUGGACGACGAGUCCAGCACCUUUGAGAUUAGCUCUUCCAACUCACUGCCCACCAGUGCGGGGGCGGCGUCGACGGUGGGCGUGGUGGCUGUCGACGAUAGCUCCUCCACGGACACCCUGAACGGUGGCCAUCCCGGCCUGGAUCAGGACCACCACACCGCCUCCUCGGAGCACAGUCGUCAGGGCUUCUUUAAUAACAAUGAGGAGGAUCCUCCGGUUGUAUGCCUUAUAAACGACGAUGACGAUGACGAGGAUCUCGAUCCCGAUCCCGAGCCGGAAGACGAGGAUGAGGAGGAACUGAUUGAGGACGAGGACGACGAUGUAGUGGACAUUGUAGUGGCCGCCAUCGACUGCCCAUCGAACACAUCACAAUUGGCUUUGGCCGAUGGCACCAUCAUGGCGGCCGAUGGUUCCAAGAUCUUCCUGGAGACGCCCGUCGUGGAGGAGGCCCAGCCGCAUCCGGGUCAAGUGGUCACAACUGGCGUGCAGUCCGAGCUCACGGGCAAGCCGAAGAGAUUGAGCGAUGAGUUCUUGCUGGGCGACGAGGAGCAGGCGGAGAAUCUGGCCUUGGGCAGCAGGGGCAUUAAGUCGGAGGUCGGAGACAAUCCCUCGGAGGGCGACGAUGCGGCCACAUGCUCCUCCCUGCACGAUCGCCUCAUGUCCGUGCGCCUGAAGCAGAUGAGCUUGACCAAUCCCUCGCCAGCAGCCGCCGCCAACCCCGAGGCUCCCGAGGCCUCUACAUCCUCCAGCUCAAACUCCAGUUCCGCUCUGUCCAAGGCGGACAUUGAGUCCAUGGAUCUGAUCGAGCGUCGCGACUUCGAGACGGAGCAACGGCUGACGGGCGGCAUCAUCCUGCGCACCAGCUCCAUGAUGAGCCAGAACAAACUGAAUCUAAGUCUGAUCAAAUCCGCGGCGGGGGGCAGUAAUAGUAACAGCGACGAUUGGCCCAGCAGCAGCAGCAACGGGCGCACCGUCUCCUCGGACAGCAAGUACACGUACAAGGAUCUGUCCACGACUCCAACAAGCAGUCGCAAGUACACGAAUAGCCGGCUAAGCAAGUCCACUGCCAAACUGAAUCUGGGCUCCACGCUGGGCGGCUCCUCCACCUCCUCCGCCUCCUCCUCCUCCAGUUGCAGCCAGCACCAUAGGAACGCCUCCAGUUCCACCUCAAAGUCCACAGAGGAGUCCACGGGAGCAGCCCGCACGGAUGUGUACACCAACACCAACUCGAAUGAUUAUCCUGGAUUGGCAGCAAGCGCAUCCGGUUCGUCCACAUCCUCCAGUGCCAGUCAGCAGGAUCAGGAGGAAAACCCAGCGGUCUCUUACAGCUCCGUGGGAUCGCAGACCUCUCAGGAAGUCGGUGGCUGCAGUCGCACCACCGCCAUUCAACCCACAGCCGAUUGUUCCGCCGGCACAGACGCUCAGGCCUCCACAUCGGCUUCCACUUCGUCGGGAGCUGCCAGUCGUUGCCAGUAUGCCACGGCAACCACGACGAAAGCAGCUCGUCAGGUGAAUGCGAGUGCCCAAACCCAAGAGCGUUUCCUGGCACGCGGGAAUCCUUCAACUGCAGCAGCUCAACCAGCAGCUUCAGUUAGGCAACGUCGCAAUGGUUCCAGCGAUGUUGUUGUUAACCUGGAAGUGGUGGUCGAGGAGGGAGCUAACGGCGCAGGAGGAGGAGCAGAUGGCGGCCUGGUGGAGCCCGGUGAUUUCAGCGCCGAGGAGCCGUGGGCCAAUUGCGAUGAGGAGAACAAUUGCUCGGAUUUAGAGGAGAUUUGCACGUGCCAGAAUGGCAAUGCGAGCAGCUACGGCGGCAGCAAUGCCAGUCUCAGCGAGACCUUCGACCUGGAUGUGAUGGAUCCCAUGGAUGAGCCCAUUUCCCUGUCGCUUUCCACCAGUCUCGAGCAAUCCCAAUCGCUGACCAAUCCCAGCUCGCUGAUUUCGCAGCAGCGCAAGAGGAAAUACAACGAGGGACGCCUGCUGGACGGAGGUGACUACUCGCUGACCAUCUCCUCGAGCGGUGGAGUGGGAGGAUCGGGCUCGGGAGUGAGUGACAAUUGCCGCAAGCGUAUAGCCUACGAUUUUGCAUCCACACCGAGAUCCACGCAACAUUCGGGACCCAUAGCGGUGCCCUCUUCCGGGCACCUGGGCACCAAUGCCUCGCCGGGAUCGGGAUUGGGAUUGGGUCGUCGCACGCCUCGUUCCGUUCCCAGUCGUGACAAUCCGCCGCCCGAACUGCAGCACUGGUUGGGCCAAUUCCAGCGAUGGUCGCAUGUCGAGCGUUUGCUGGCCUUGGAUCGGCUGAUCGAUCACUGCGAUCCAUCGCAGGUGCGCCACAUGAUGAAGGUGAUUGAGCCGCAGUUCCAGCGCGACUUUAUCUCGCUGCUGCCCCGUGAAUUGGCCCUCUUUGUGUUGUCCUACCUGGAGCCCAAGGAUUUGCUGAGGGCCGCGCAGACGUGCCGCAGCUGGCGCUUCCUGUGCGACGACAAUCUGUUGUGGAAGGAGAAGUGCCGCAAGGCGCAGAUCCUCGCCGAGCCGCGCAGCGAUCGACCGAAGAGGGGGCGGGAUGGCAACAUGCCGCCCAUUGCGUCGCCUUGGAAGGCCGCCUACAUGCGACAGCACAUCAUCGAGAUGAACUGGCGGUCGCGACCGGUGAGGAAGCCCAAGGUUUUGAAGGGCCACGACGAUCAUGUGAUCACCUGCCUGCAGUUCUCCGGCAACCGCAUUGUGUCUGGGUCCGAUGACAAUACGCUUAAAGUUUGGUCGGCGGUUAAUGGAAAGUGUCUUCGCACUCUGGUGGGCCACACCGGUGGCGUUUGGUCUUCCCAAAUGUCCGGCAACAUCAUCAUCUCGGGCAGCACGGAUCGCACACUCAAAGUCUGGGACAUGGACAGUGGCGCCUGUGUGCACACGCUGCAGGGGCACACGUCCACCGUUCGCUGCAUGCAUCUCCAUGGCAGCAAGGUCGUCAGUGGUUCGCGAGAUGCCACUUUGAGGGUUUGGGACAUCGAACAGGGCUCCUGCCUCCACGUCCUGGUGGGUCAUUUGGCCGCUGUUCGUUGUGUACAGUACGAUGGCAAGCUGAUUGUGUCCGGAGCCUAUGAUUACAUGGUCAAGAUCUGGCAUCCGGAGCGACAGGAGUGCCUGCACACUCUGCAGGGGCACACGAAUCGCGUUUACUCGCUGCAGUUUGAUGGCCUCCAUGUGGUCUCGGGCUCAUUGGACACCUCCAUUCGCGUUUGGGACGUGGAGACGGGCAAUUGCAAGCACACUUUGAUGGGUCACCAGAGUUUAACCUCUGGAAUGGAGCUGCGUCAAAACAUUCUCGUCUCAGGCAAUGCCGAUUCCACUGUUAAAGUGUGGGACAUCACAACCGGACAAUGUCUGCAAACGCUGUCGGGUCCAAACAAGCAUCAGUCUGCGGUCACCUGCCUGCAGUUUAAUUCCCGAUUUGUGGUGACCAGUUCCGAUGAUGGUACUGUCAAGUUGUGGGACGUUAAGACGGGCGAUUUCAUACGUAAUCUAGUGGCCCUGGACUCGGGUGGAUCCGGCGGCGUUGUGUGGCGGAUUAGAGCAAACGACACCAAACUCAUUUGUGCCGUGGGCUCCCGCAACGGAACGGAGGAAACGAAGCUCAUGGUCCUGGACUUUGAUGUGGAGGGGGCAUGUGUCAAGUGCUCAUAGGAGUCGGUGCACGUUGUUUGGAUCCAGGCGGCGGAUAAUGGCCAAGGACAAGGACAAGGACGGGGCAGCUAGUAUACAGCUUCAAGCGAGAUUUCAUUGCAAACUCAUCAUCUAAGCACAGAGAAAACCACACACACAACAGAUAGCAGAUAGACAGAUAGCAGCGGAUGUGAAAAGUCCGCCAAACCGAAAUGUUGAUUGCCUUGCCAACAGAAUGCAGCUGCUCACAUACACCACUCACACACCAUACACACUAAAAACACACAGAAAACAAUUAAGAAAGGGAAAAACUGAGGAAAAGUAGGGUCGGAUAGUUGGGGUGUGGCUGUUGUGGCUGUGAGUGUGUAUUGUUAAUAAUACCUUCUUUACAUUUACGUUGCUUCAUAGCCAAAAUUCGUUUUCCACCGUAGAAUAAUUUCGCUUCUUAGUUCUUAUUACGUUUAUAUACACAUCCAUAUGUCGAGAGUCGAUUGAAUUAAUUCUAAUAAUUAUGAUUAUGAUUACGAUUACGUAUUAUAAAAACGAAAAACCGCAGAUAUAUCUACAGAUGUUGCAGUUCCGCGUCGUGUGAAGAACAUCCGAGAGAACGUUUAUGAAAAACCAGAGCUUUAUAUUGAUUAAAUUGUAAUUUGUUUAACUUGGAAUUCGGAUAAGAUGUGGAUGAUAUGUUAAUUAAUAUUGGCCCAGCACUUGAGUUUGCCGUCUAUUAUGUUUACAUUUGUGGUUUCGUUUCGUCCAAUUUGUUUUGUUUAAAUGUACUUGGAGUUACCUAUAUUCUAUAUUAUCGUGUUCUGAUUGUGUUUCUCCCUUUAAAUUUGAUUGAUUUGAUUUAUAUUUGUCAUUUGUAGUAGUAUAUAGGGUACUUAGCUUGAUUGGCUUCCAAUUCCAAAUUCGAAAUUCCUCAUUUGCCAGGAACCUGCCACAAUUGCCGUAUACAUAGCGUUUAAGAGUCAUCUGCCGAAACUCAUCGAGCAGCAGCUCACCCCCAAAAAUAUGAAGUAAAGUAAUACAA